AUUAUAUGGAUUCGUUACUUUCAACUAUAGCGCUGAAAUUAAGAGCGCGACCAGGGGCGCGGGCUUUAAACUGUUGCUCUGCGGAGCGUUCGCUAAAAGCACCGCAGUAAGGCGUAUCGCAACACUUGACACAAUACCUGUAUUUGUGUAAUUCAUACAUAGCUGUAGCUGGUUGAGGUUCGGCUAGGGCCAUGCGGAGGAGCGGCUUAGCGCUGCUGCGCGGCGCGGCGUCGCUGGGCAGCUCAAGUGGCGCGUAUGCUCCCUCUAGCUUUGUUGUCACCGCGCGUAAGCUGGUACAUGCGGAGAGCCCGGCCGUAGUAGCUUUCCCGAGCUGCACAGGCCUGGCUAGCACCCUCGGUGGACUGCACGCGGCCUCACCGCUGCUGCUGUCCGCCGCGGGCCUACGCCGGUACGCAUGACGACCGGGCCUGGAUCGUGCUCCGCCCAAGGUGGUGAACAUUGAGUACGAUCCGGAGCAUGUGGACGCGUUCAUUGCAAUGGCUGAUGCCAUUGAGGAGGCAUUCCCCGGCGUGGUGGUGGAGGGAAACCCCGAGGGUGACGGGCGGCCGGGGUCUUUCGAAAUCACGACGGAAGAUGGUGUGCACAUCUACAGCAAGUUGCAGGCCAAGACGCACCCAGCUGAGGAGGAUGUGGUGAACCGCAUUGCCAACCGCGCCAAGCUGGGGCCAGCUGCGCCGGCCGAGGACAUGUGCGGGUAGCGUGUUGCGGGGAUUGUUUGAAGUGGCGUAUUGCUGUUAGCGGAGCAAAGUGGCCCGCGCGUGGAUUCAGGUUAGGUCGCUGUUGGACCGAAGUGCCCAGGUAACUGAAGCUGACAGGAAGGGUGUUGGGUGCACAUAGUGAAUAGAACGAAGUAUGGUGGCUGAUGUUGGCCGUGUUCCUCCAGCAGCUGUACGUGCUGGGAUUGGGGCAUUGAAGCCUUUUGCGGUGCCUAGCUGUGGGAUGACCAGCGGUUGUGUAGCCGUGGCAGGAUGGCAGGAACCAGAUGAUGCGUG